AAAAACACAUUCUUUUGUACUGUUUGUGAGUUGAAUCUGGAACAGAUUCAUGACAUUUACAUAAAUUUCAAAUAGACAUAGUGAUUUAGAUAGUGUUUUUAGUUUUAUAAACAGGGGUGCACAUAAGUGGUCCGCAUGCGCGCAUGCGUACCGGACGUAGACAAACGCGCUGGCCCUCAACGACUUCCAUACGAUUUUGCGUACCGAUGGCUGACCACCGUAUUUGCGGCGGACACGAGAAAAUAACUUCUCAAAAUGUCAAAGAGGCAGGCCACACUGAGUAAUUACUUCCGUGUUCCCCCACCCCCGUCAAAAGACAGACAGACGACAGAGACGUCACCGGAGCUACCGAAAAAAAGGACUUUUGCUGAAAAGUAGGAGGUAGCAUGGCUAGAAGCAAAUGAUGCUCGCACGGAAAUGCGGUACAAAAUGUGCUGUGAGAAUCCCAAUGUCGCCGAUAAGAGCAGCGCAUUUUAUGUAGGGUCAAGGAAUUUCAGCCAUCCAAACUUUGAAAAGCACGAAAAAAACAGAGAGCAUGUGGCAAUUAAGAAAACUAUCGAUGUCAAACAGGACCCCGCUCGCCCUAUGGACAAGUGGCGGAAUAAAGGAACGGAAAAUGUUAUUAACGCCUGUGUGGAAAACAGCAUUUGCAGUCUGCUGUACACCAGCAGCAUGGAAGUGAUCGGGCCCAACAUGAACAGGGAAGCCUUUGUCAGGGGCAAUGAAGACACACCCUACCUGGUGAAGCACACUAUGGCCUACCCUAAGAGCAAGGCCAAGGCUGAGAAAAUCAUCCUGGAAGCCAAUGGCACAAAGGUGCAAAAUGGCAAGCGUUUGUACACAUGCUCCCUGAGGCCGACGGGCAUCUAUGGCGAGGGCCACGAGCUCAUCAAAGACUUUUACAAACUGGCCGUCAAGAGGGGAGGUCUGGUCAUCGGCGGGGUCCCUGACAGCACCGAACACGGGCGAGUCUACGCCGGCAACGUGGCGUGGAUGCACGUGCUGGCCGCCCGGGCCCUGCGUGAGCAUCCUGAGUCUGUGGGCGGUGAAGCCUUCUUCUGCUACGACGAAUCGCCGUACAAGAGCUACGAGGACUUCAACAUGCUUUUCCUGUCCACCUUCAACUUCCAGCGUGUGCGCAUGCCACUGCUACUGCUGUGGUUCCUGGCCAUGCUCAACGACAUCCUACGCUGGAUUCUGACGCCCUUUUGCAACUUUACGCCCCUUCUAAACAGCUACACCCUGGCCGUGGCAAUCACGUCUUUCACCGUGAAGACGGACAAAGCGCUGCGCCACUUUCAGUACCGCCCGCUGUACGACUGGGAACAGUGUCGGGAGCGCACCCAGAAAUGGGUGGACACCUUCCCAAUGGAGGACUCCAAAAACACUUAAUGGGACUGUUGCAUAGAUCCUCCAUGCUGCUACGUAUUUGCAUGUGGUUUCGUUAUUUUAGACAGCAUAUUUUGAAAGAAUUCGAGCUUUAAUUCCGUUAUUCCUUAAAACAAGGGUAUGGAACCCCCAUACAGUAUUUCUACCGCAGAACUAAGUACAUUUUGUGUGUUUGAACCAAGGGACCUCUGGCCUUGGGUUCCGCAGGACUGAUGGACCAAAUGAAGAUGAUUUCAAGAUGUCCAAGAAACAGUUUUGUGGUGAGGUAUGGAGUGCGUGACAGAAAUGAUUAAAAAUGUUGUUCCUGGAGCAACAAGAACUAAAUUCCUGGAUUUGGACCUGAACAAGUAUAGUUGCAUUUUUGCUGCAGAGAGUUUAUCCCUGAACUAGAAACUAUUUCAAAUUUAAUGAGCUCAAUUUGAAAGAAGACUGUUUCAACGCUGUACUUUGGUUUGGACAGUACUGAACAUAGAAGUACCAAAAAAUAAAGGUCGCACCUUUAGAGAGUCAGUUCAGAACACGCGGAAUUUCAACUACAGGAACUUGACCACCAAACUAGAAACAUUUCAAGGACAUGAUGUGUGGAUCAUUUACCUAAUGUAGUGCCGGGCUAAUGCAAUGGGGCCAAAAGAAAACUGCCUUUUUGUUUUUGUUCUUAGUACUUGGCACAGGAGUGGGCAAACUAUUCCACAAAGGGCCGCAGUGGGUGCGGGUUUUCGUUAUAACCUAUCAAGAGGAAACCUUUUCACCAAUCUGGUGUCAUACAAGUGCAAUCAGUUGAUUGCAAUCAGGUGCAUCUUGUUUCCCCGGACCAAUUAUUCGGUUAAACUGCCUGUGCUUGAUCAGUUGUAACAAAGACCAGGACCCACUGCGGCCCUUGAGGACCGGUUUGCCCACCCCUGACUUAGCACAUACUGCGUCAAAUCUAUGAACUCCAGACCAACAGUGGACAGGAAAACACUUGAAAUUUGUCUACCACUUGACUGAGUUCAUUAAGCAGGAUCUCAUUCACAAACUUCAGGGAGUAACAAAACAUGACAAUCCAGACGGACUGUUUCAUACAUCCGCUACCAAAUCAGACAGGGCCGUUUUGCUCUGCAAGGCUAGGAGUAACAAGGAGAAUGAGGUCAUGUGGUUUCUGAAUUUAGUGCCUUCUAUUCCGAAAGUUGGAAAUUAUGGUAUUUUUCCACUUUUUGAAAAUAGUCACUUGAAAGUAAAAGUGUCAACACUAAAUAUGUGUAGAGUAUUCCAAUAAAGUUGGGUUGAGCUAAAGAUUCAGUUAGAAAAAAAAGUGCUGCCUUUGGCAAUGGAUGCCGUAACAAUAGGGCUUCUUCAGGUAUACUGUGCUAAUAUAAGAAAAGAGAGCUAUAGUUUUCAACGUUAUACACAGUCAAACCGGAUCUCUUGUAAUUUAUAAAUAAUAAAUGUAUUAUAAUAUGAAUCAAUUAUGACAAACAAACACCAUUCACAAGCAAUAGUCACAUGUAUUGACAUGUAUGGAUAUUUUUGUAUGAAUGGUUUGUACUGGACAAUUUCAAUUUAUUGAAUGACAUUUUGAAAUAAA